AUGAAACAAGAUAGUAAUGACAUCAAAAGUGAGAUAAAAAAUUGUAUAACGGCAAGCGAAACCAGAAUAUUGUGGAAUCUAGAAGGUUUAUCUAAAAGAAUAACAGAAGCGGAGGAAGCCAAUAAGAAUAUUAUAAGGAAAAUAGAAUAUAUAGAAAGAACAACGAAGAAAAACAAUAUUAUUAUUUAUGGAAUAGAGUGUGACGGUUUCGAUCUUGUUAGUAUUAUUAAUAAACUAAAGAUCCUCCUAAAAGUUGACUUGAACAUCGGUCAUAUUAAUAACUCAUACAAACUAGGGAAAUUUAACUCAAGUCCAAUUAAAAUCGAAUUCAUAUCAUACCUAAAAAAACUGGAAAUCCUUAAAAACUGUAAAAACCUAAAAGGCACAAAUAUACGUAUUACUAGCGAUCUAACGGAAUUACAAAGAGAAGAGAAUAAGGUACUUACAACACAUCUAAAAUUAGCACGCGCAAAUACGUCUGAUACAUCAUACAUCAAGGGUGACAAGCUAUAUGUUAAUAAUAUAGCUUACACAGCACAAUCAUUAACAAUUAAAGACGCUAGUACAGAGCCAGAAGGUAACAAACAUCAAAAUAGUGCACCUCAAACGCCCACUAUUACUAGAGAAGUAAAUACCAAGGAAGUAAGUACCAAGACAGUAAAUACUAAGGAAAUUCAGAAUCUUCAACGACCAAGUGGUUCUGGAGACAAGAAAACAGACAUUAAUGAGGAGAAGAGAACACAAAAAGAAGUAGUAACCAAUCAAACGCCAAAGAAUAAACCAGAAAAACACAAUAGGGAUCCUCAACCGAAUUUACGACCAAGAUUGGGAAGUAAAAAUAAUAAAUAG